AUGGCGACGAUGCCUGCGCCCGAUGCGAGGAAUUUCAUGGGGCUGAUGAAGAACCUGGAGAAAGGGUUCAACUUCACCAUUAGGUACGUCGACCAGCUGGAUGCCGAAAUCAACACCACGCUAGUGUCCGUGGGACAGAAUUCAAACGACCUUGACACAGCAUGGAUAGUUCUGUGUGGUGCCCUCGUCUUCUUCAUGCAGGCCGGCUUCGCCAUGCUCGAAGCCGGUAUCGUCCACCCCAAGAACGUCACCAACAUCCUCUUCAAGAACAUGAUCGACGCCUCCAUCGCGGCCAUCGCCUUCUGGCUGCUGGGCUACGGCUUCGCCUUCGGGUCGGACUCGGGCGGCUUCAUCGGCAAGUGCGGGAGCGAGUGCUACUUCGGCUUGAAGGACGUCUACAACGGAGCAGGAGACGGCAUGGGUAGCUCGGACGGGUGGGAGAAGUGGUUCUUCCAGUGGGCCUUCGCGGGAGCCGCGGCCACCAUCGUGGCUGGGGCUGUGUGCGAGCGGACGAAGCUGGAGGCGUACUUCAUCUACUCGGUGUUCUUGAGCACCUUCAUGUACCCCGUGAUCGUGCACUGGGUGUGGGGGUACGGGUGGCUGUCGGCGUGGGGAGCGUAUCCUGACUCCAACGGGGUAGCUCGGCCCAUCUUCAACAAGGACACGCGGUCCAACGGCUUGAUCGACUUUGCGGGGUCAGGAGUCGUGCACAUGGUAGGAGGCUUCUGCGGGCUGGUCGGGGCGAUCAUCGCGGGAGCUCGUCGAGGACGCUUCGGGCCCGACGGGUCGGUCAACACGCUCUUCGAAGGGAACAACACGCUGCAGGCGCUGGGAGUGUUCAUCCUGUGGUUCGGGUGGUACGGCUUCAACUGCGGGUCGACGCUCAUGAUCUCGGGAGGAGCCGCCAACGUAGCCGGGAAGGUGGCGGUGAACAUGACGAUCUCGGCGGCGUCAGCAGCGAUCACGGCGACGUUCCUGGCCAAGGCCCUCCAAGGACACUACAACAUCUCGAUGGGGCUCAACGGAGUGCUGGCGGGGCUGGUAGGGAUCACUGCCAACUGUGCGGUCGUCGAUCCAUGGAUGGCCUUCCUCAUCGGGUUUGGAGCAGCAAUCAUCCUGCUUGCUGGCCACUCUCUCCUCCUCUACCUUCGCAUCGACGAUCCUUGCGACGCCUCGGUCGUGCAUGGCUUCUGCGGCAUGUGGGGCAUCUGGGCGACCGGCAUCUUCUGCACGGACAAGAACGUGCAGUAUGCGGGCUACCCCAACGCCAACGAGGCUUGCGGCAGCGGCGAGCAGUUCGGAGUGCAGGUGGUGGGAAGCUUGGUGAUCGCAGCAUGGACGAUCGGGAUGUCGGUGAUGCUGUUCCUGUUCAUCGACAAGACGAUCGGGAUCCGAGUGAGCGCUGAGGUAGAGGAGGACGGGCUGGACGCCUCAGAGCACGGCAUUGACUAUAUCCUUCCUAUGCUGCCGAACCGGACGGUAUCCAGCAGUCAGAGACAGCAAACGUGCAGUCUUUGA